GCCUUUACUGUGGUCAAACAGGGCCAAAAGACAAAGCCCAUCAUUAGCUACGGGAGAAGUGGUGGGCAACUCAAAGAAAACCUCCCGUUUAACUCUACCAUGUUCACUGAUUACAAGUAAUCAGUCCUUUCAGACAUUUGUUUUAAUAGAUUCUGGUUGUGAACAGAACCUUAUUGAUGAUAACCUUGUAAAUCAACUCCAGAUACCCACUGUUCCUCUUCUAGCCCCAGUCUUGGUUUCUGCACUUAAUGGUAAAGCCUUACCUGUCAUUACUCAUUGCAGAAUUCCCAUUGAGCUUUUGGUUUCAGGAAAUUAUCGUGAGGUAAUCACCUUUUUUGUAUUCCCUUCUCCUCAGUCUCCAGUGGUUCUAGGCUAUCCAUGGCUUCUCUGCCAUAAUCCACACCUUGAUUGGAGGAACUGCCGGGUCCACAGGGGUGCAAUUUGUCAUCAAUGGAAGAAAUCUGUGACAGAACUGCCCCUACCCCUGAAUCAGAGGCAUCCACUUCAACAAUAAACUGUCUUAAUGGGUCUGGUUGAAUGAGGAUGGGUACAUUGGCAAACCUCCUCUUCAAAUCUAUGAAACUUUGUUCAGCUUCAGGUGACCAACUGAAACUAGCCUUGUCCUGGAGCACAUACUGUCUGUCAUCGUGUCUUCACUCUGCUUUUCCCUCAGUUGUUUCUCAUCCUGCAGAUGAACCCUUUCCAGCUGACUUGGCCAGUGUACCAUCUGAAUACCAUGACCUUCGCAUGGUUUUCAGUAAGUCUAAAGCUCUCUCUCUUCCUCCUCACCGUCCACACCGUCCAUACGAUUGUGUCAUUGACCUACUUCCAGGAGCACCACUACCUACCAGCCGUUUGUACAGCAUAUCCAAACCGGAGAGGGAGAGCAUGGAGAAAUACAUCAGUGAGUCCCUUGCUGCUGGCAUCAUCCGUUCAUCCACUUCACCUUUGGGAGCCGGGUUUUUCUUCGUUGACGAGCAACAAAUAUCCGUCACCUCUGUCCACCAUCACCUCCGCCGUUGCAGACACAUCUGGACUCAGACCAAUGCUGCUCUCAACCAGACAGCCGAGGGAAACCGCAGAUGGGCUGAUCGUAAGAGAACCCCUGCACCGUCGUAUUCACCUGGACAAGAGGUCUGGUUAUCCACUCGUGACAUCAAUAUCAAAGCAUCCAAUCCCCGUUCCAGUCCUUUCUGCCCUCCUUCCAGACCCCCACCACCCCCCCAGGAGAUUGAUGGUCACCCUGCUUAUGACGUCACAAAGAUUCUGGCUAUUCGUCGCCGGGGAAGAGGGUUCCAGUAUCUUGUGGAUUGGCGGGGUUAUGGACCAGAGGAACGGUCAUGGGUUCCCCGUUCUUUCAUCCUGGACCCUGAUCUUAUUAGAGAUUUUGAAGCUUCGCAUCAGUCAUCUUCAUGUGGACCGCCUGGAGGNCUGGAAACAAGGGAAGGAUCAGCAAGACUGACUGAGUG